AUGAAGUUCAUGAAGCUGGGCUCCAAGCCGGACGCCUUCCAGUCCGGCGGCGCCGACGUCAGUCUUGACAUUUUCCUGAGCUUCUCCACAAUUGGUAUGCGUGAUUUCGGGGGUGAAAGCUUUGUAGGAGCGUUAGGCGGAUUGGUGGUCUCUGACCUUGCAACGGAUGUUAUUGUGCAUAUUGGUGAAGUCAAAUUCUACUUGCACAAGUUUCCCCUUCUGUCCAAGAGCAGCAAACUUCAGAAGCUAGUCCUUAAGGCUACUGAGAAAGGGACAGAUGACAUCCACAUAGAUGAUUUACCCGGGGGAGCAAAAGGGUUUGAAAUAUGUGCAAAAUUCUGCUAUGGGAUGGUUGUCACCCUCAGUCCCCACAAUGUUGUUGCAGCAAGAUGUGCAGCAGAGUUCCUUGGAAUGACCGAAGAUAUGGACAAAGGGAACUUGAUAUUCAAAAUCGAGGUCUUUAUAAACUCCAGCAUCCUCCGGAGCUGGAAAGACUCGAUCAUUGUUCUCCAGAGCACGAAGGCACUGUUACCUUGGUCUGAGGAGCUGAAGGUUGUCGGUAGAUGUAUCGACGCCAUUGCUUCGAAGACCUCUGUAGAUCCUGCAAAUGUAUCCUGGUCAUACAGUUAUAAUAAGAAAGGAGUAGCCUGCACUGAAAUAAUUGAGCCGGCAGGAAAAACUUCGGUAGCUCCCAAGGACUGGUGGGUUGAGGACUUGUGUGAAUUGGAUGUUGAUCUCUACAAGAGAGUUAUGGUUGCUAUCAAAUCCAAGGGGAGGAUGUCACCUGACUUGAUAGGAGAAGCCCUCAAAGCCUAUGCAGUUAGGUGGCUGCCAGACUCUUACGACGCUCUGGUCGCUGAUGAUUACAUGAGAAGGAACCAAUGCUUGGUGGAGACCAUAAUAUGGUUGCUGCCGUCAGAUAAGAGCUCGGGUUGCUCUUGCAGGUUUCUCCUGAAGCUCUUGAAAGUUGCUAUAUUAGUUGGGUCUGGGGAUCAUGUGAAGGAGGAGCUCAUGAGAAGGAUCAGUUUCCAGCUGCACAAAGCUUCGGUGAAGGAUCUCUUGUUGCCUGCUGCUUCGCCCAGUGAGGGCAUGCAUGAUGUUCAUUUGGUCCAUAAUCUUGUUCAGAGAUUUGUUGCAAGAACAGCAUUGUCUCACAAUGGCGAUUUCGUCGAGAAAUCUGAUGAGAAAAUGAUUGAGCUCAACUUUGAGCAAGAAUCCACUUUGGCUCUAGGGGAGUUGGUUGAUGGGUACCUAUCUGAAGUAGCUGCAGAUCCAGACCUUGAAUUCUCCACCUUUGUAGAACUAGCUACGGCGGUGCCAGAAGCAGCUAGACCUGUUCAUGACGGCUUGUACUACGCGGUUGAUGCGUAUAUCAAGGAACAUCCAGACAUAAACAAAGCAGACAAAAAGAAGAUCUGCAGCCUGAUAGAUGUCAAGAAGCUUUCGACAGAUGCAUGCGUGCAUGCCACACAAAACGACCGCCUGCCUCUCCGGGUGGUGGUGCAGGUCCUCUUCUUCCAGCAGCUGAGGGCGGGUUCAAGCAGUGUACCAGCCCCAACUGACGGCGGAGAGCAUGCUUGUGCAAAGCCUGUGCAGGAACAAAGCGAGCACUGCGAAAGGCGGAUACCGAGGCACCCAAACAAGCUGGAUAAGCAAGUGACAAGCCUAAGCGCAAGAGGAGAGGGCGAGGACCGGCACGUCGAGCUCAGGGGAGGCAGAAGCAGCUUCAAGGAUCAAGUUGUUGGCAGAAACAGCUUCAAAGAUCAAGUUGUUGGCAGGAACAGCUUCAAGGACCAACUCGGAGGCCUCCUGCUGCAGUCGCGGUCGAGGAGGAUAUUCGACAAGCUGUGGAGCAGCAAGGGGCAUGCAGAGAACGGCAAGGGUUCAGAGACGUCCGGCAGCUCACAGAGCCCGCCAUCGACGGCGAAGCCCACGGAAGUGAAGCCCUCUCCUCUCCCCCCUCUUAGGAACAGAAGGUAUUCUGUUUCAUAG